UCUCACAUCUCGCACACACAUUCUCAUCUGUCCUCUUUUCUCUUAGUGCAUUUGCUUAUCCUGUCAUGCAGUGACCUUCUCCCUCUGUCCAUUCUUCUGCCAGCUUGUUUUUUUUUUUUUUUCCCCACUUUUCUUCGCUCCUUUGCCUCUGCUUCAGCAGAUGUGGAUGAUGUCAGCCUGAGGGUUAAACAUUAGGUCUGUCACACGGCCGAGAACUCCGACUGGAGACGAGGACAAACAGGAGGGAGGGAAGCCGCGCCGCUGGUUUGGCCGUUUGGAUCGAACAGAUGGAGUCGUUCUUAGGAGACAAUGAAGAAGGCACAGAGGACGUCACAAAACGAAAAAGCUCCAAAAUCAAGUUUCUGAAAAGCCGUUUCUUCAGGAGGACUAAGAAGACGGGUGCAGAGGCAGAUGCCAAGCUCAGCCAGUCAGCUAGUGACAUAACCGCUGGAAAAGGACUCGGUUCAGAUGAAGAUUUAGCCUCUCAGGGUACAAUGGGCUCCCGAGCGUUUUCCCACGAAAGCAUCUUUCUGGACGAUCAGGUCCUUUCAGACCCUGACCCAGUCAGGGUUUCAUCUCAGGAGAAUGUUCACAGCAAAAUCAAAUCUCUGCAGAUGAAGCUCCAGCUGCAGAAUAUGCAUUUUGGGCCACCGCCGAUGGUUCUGCCAAUCAGGAGUCCAGAGGAAACGGCUCAGCAGUCGGAGGACUUUACUUUCCACGGCUCUAAUGAAAACUCAGGAGAGGGAACCCUCACAAAGUCAACAUCUCAGCCGACUUCUCCUCCAGUCUCGCCCAUCUCAAAAUGGGCUCAAACAAGAUCUCCGUCCCAAAUUCCUUCCCAUCACUUUUCUGUUUCUGGACCCAACUAUUCAUCACCAGCUACAGCUGAGGCUCCGGUAGACUUCAGCACACCAGCCAAAUUAAACACCUCCCUAGAUACAUCUGCUUUACGCCACAGGAUGUCCAUCAAACCUAAAAACCAGAGGGCCAGUUCGAAGAGAAAACCAUCUCCUAGGAUUGAAUCUGGGUCUCCUUUACAGGACCUGAAAGUCCGUGACCGAUUUGAGCGUGUUCAGGAACAAGAAAAGGAGGUUGUUGCUCAGGAGGGAGAAACAGUGGAGACAGACAAAGGACAGGCCAAUCUUUCCCAGCUUUCUCCACUAACAUUUGAAGAAUUGUCACCAGUUUCAUCUGAGGUUGCGUCCAAAUUACCGAGUCAGGACAAUGCUCUUCCUGAGACCAAAACCUUUCCAAUUCUUCGAGUGAAGCCUCCAGGGCAGUUGGACGCUUUGCCCACUAAACGGCCACACUCGUCCUACAUCGAUUCAGACAUCAAGGAGAAAAAGGAAUCGGAUUUGGAGAGGCAAGUAACAUCCCAAAACAAGAGAAAUGCCUUUUUUGCCAGCAUGACUGAAUUGUCCUCUGAGCAGCUCUCGCCAUUCAGCUCGUGGUUGACAUCCAGGUCACCUCUUACUCAGCAGCAGCAGCCUAAAAAGGAUGAGGACAUCUCAACAAGAAUAAAGAGACAAUCAUCAGGAUCUGACUCCUUUCGUUUGUCUGGAAACUGGGAUGAAGAAAGACCUCGAUCAGGCAGUUUCACAGGACUCCCGGAAAAGUCUAAACCCAGGACCAAAUCAUUUGGGGUAGCUGAAGAGAAAAUUGGAAAAGAAAGAGAUGAACUAAAGAAUUUAACAAGAUCCUUGGAAAAACCUGAAGCCAGGUCUAGAUCAUUUGAGGGAAAAGAAGAGAAAAUCAAAUUAGAAAAGGAGGAAGUCAAAAGUUUAACAGGAGCCUUUGAAAAACCUGAAGCCAAGAAAAGCUUGGCUACAGAGAAAAUCAGAAGAGAAAAGGAGGAAGUUAAACAUUUCACGGGAUUCCCGGAAAAACCCGAAGCCAAGACUAGGGAAUUUCGGGGAACAGAAGAGAAAAUCACAAGAGAAAGAGAGGAUUUAAAGAGUGGCACUGGAUUAUUUGAGAAACCUGAAACCAGAACUAGAUCAUUUGAGGGAACAGAAGAGAAAAUAUCAAAAGAAAAGGAGGAAGCUAAAAAUUUUACAGGAUUCCUCGAAGAUCCUGAAGCCAAGACCAGAUCAUUUGGGGGAACAGAAGAGAAAAUCACUAAAGAAAAGGAGGAAGUUAAAAGUUUUACAGGAUGGCGGGAAAAAUCUGAAGCCAAAAGUAGACCGUUUUGGGGAACUGAAGAGAAAAACACAAGCGAAAUAAAGGAACUUAAAAAUGUUUCAGGAUUCCUGGAAAAACACAAAGCCAAGAUUAGAUCAUUUGGGGGAGCAGAAGAAAAAAUCACAAAAGAAAAGGAGGAAGAUAAACAUUUUACAGAGUUCCUGGAAAAAUCUGAAGCCAAGACCAGACCAUUUGGGGGAACAGAAGAGAAAACCACAAGAGAAAGGGAGGAAGUUAAAAGUUUACAGCCUAAAGGAAGCCCCUUUGCUGCAGACAGAUCCAAGGGCUCGUCUCUUCCACAGGAAAGAAAUCUCAGCUAUAAAAAAGUAGAAGCAGUGACAACAGCCAGAAGCUCACCAUUAGACACGUAUGUCGCAGAGGUAGUGCGGGUGGACAGUACUCCGGAGGUAGUGGAUGAGGCUGUGGAAGCAAAGGAGCUUCCGGAGGAUGAAACAAGGACACCGUUUGGUGUAAAGCUUCGCUCCACAUCGCGCUCAUUCAAGUUCCGCUCUGACACAGCUUCUCAACGCCAUUCAGCGAUGCUGCUGUCCGAUGACCAAGAUGUCGACACAAAGAAAAGACAGAAAAUGGUUGACGGCUCCAGUCAAAUAUCUGAAAAGACACUAGUAAACACAAGCAGCUCCCCCAGAUCACCAGAUCCAGCUCCUUUUGGUGUUACCCUUCCAGUCAGGCGCAAUGCUUCACUUGAAGAAAGUUCUCAAACCACUCCUGUAGAAGUCCARAYAACUUCCAUACACCUAGGGGAAUCUGAAACUGCCCCCCAGGAGACUCAGCCUAACCCACAAGCAUUCCCCUCCGAUGUGUCCUGGGUGAGUUUGGCCAUGGAAAAGACCAAGAGUCUCCAACAUCUUUUGACCAGCAGAUUUCAAAGAGAUUUUACUGGGACACAAACUGGAGCUCGGCCUAAAAGCCAAGAAGAGACAAUCAUCGGACCUCAGGUGCAGAACCAGACAGUAAAGGUUCAACAGAGCACACCACCGCUAUCAUCAGACAAAAUCAAAGAAGAAUCCGUUCAAAGCAGUGGCCAAGAGCAAGCUGUCAAACCCUCGGCACCAGCAUCGCAAAAGAAGACGCCGCCGCUAACUCAGUUUGAGUCAUGCAGUUCUAGAGACUCUCCAAUCCCUAGACAAAUGAGCCACUGCCAGACGCAGCCUAACAGAGCUCAAUCAGACGCUCAGGCCAUCCCAAGAACAACCCACUCUCCAUCACCCUCAUCUCCUCUAAUAGGCAACACGUCUCCAUUUACAUUUACACGAAGGAACGCACCCCAGUUGCUUGCACAGCCUUACCAAUCCUCUCCCCAGCAGCAAACCUGCUGGACCAGUCAAGGUCUCCAACCUGCCACUCAGCUCAAACAUGUACCUUCAGCUCUGGAGUCAGAACCUGCAGUCACAUCAGCUGCAGCUCCUACUCUUGACUUUGCCUUGGAAAGAAGAGAAAAAGAAUCCAGUGUCCCGAAAGAGAGUCCAUCUCUCGUAAGCAAGCGGGUACUUUGGACUGGAUCAGCGGCCGACAGGUUUGCCUUCAUGGAGAAACGGGCAGAGUGGACAACGCCACCAUUGCUAAAGGAGGUGGAACAGAAGAAAUAUCAAGCACAAAUGCAGACCUCAAGUGACACUGACACUCUGGCUUAUCUUUUCCCUCUAAGCAAAGAUACAGUGGAAAUUAGACAAGUGGCAAACUCAGCAGAAUCCAGCCCGUCCAGGGUUAUAGAAAAGCCUCGUGAGGACAAAUGGACCCGGAAAAAUGUGGAGUUACCCUCUUCCCCGUCUUCUUUACGCACUCAUUCAUCAGCGCUGCAUUCUGACAGCAGCCAGCCGUCCUGGAUGGAGCUGGCUAAGAGGAAGUCAAUGGCAUGGAGCGAUAAGAGCAUGGACUAAGAGGGGAAUCUGAGAGAUUUACGGGUUCUGGAAACAAGAAUGAGUACUGGUUUGAAUAAGAGAAUAAGAUAAAGGUCGAGUAAAGCUGCCUGGAGGGUGUUGAUCAGAUGUGAUGGAAAAAUUUUACACUGUUUUUAAGUAAUCAUAAAGUUUUAUUGUUUUAGGAACAGAAAGAGAGGCUCAAUAAAUUAAUUUCAUUAUGAUCCCACUUCAU